GCUUAGCAACCGCCUGCGCGGUCCCGGGGGCCCGUUGGGGUAUCUCUGGCGGGCGGAGGCCCAGAUUAACCUCCAGCCCGCGGUGGCGCUGGGCGGCUGCGGCACGUCGCCUCCGUGGGCUUCCAGACCUUUGGCCCUCGGAGGGUCUCGAAGCACCUCCCGAGAGUGAGGCAGAGAAGGGGCUGCUCCCCACAGAGGGUGGCCGCCGCCCGCAGUCUCAGCACUCCGCAGGCGGGCCAGGCUGUCGGGGAAGGUCAGUGGAAAGCCGAGCCGGGCUGAGCGCCGGGAGAGGCUCCUCGGCCGGGAGAGAGCGCCAGAGGCCCCCUAGGCUCGGCGUGGGACGCGGACCGCAGGACGCGCGCCCCAGCCCGGGACAGCCCGGGUCCGACCCCUGAGGGCGGCGGUGGAUGGAGCCCGGCAGCCCGGCUUCCUGUGGUCUGGAGGUCCAGGCAGCAGCGGGGACAGCAUCUCCAAGGCUGGGACAUGAAGGUCGCUGUGUUGGACCUGGGGUCUCUCUUUGCCAAAAUCUUCAAGACCCCGACGGCGCCCCCUGCGGUCCCCUCGCCGGCCACCGCCUCCAGCCCCUCGGGAGCCGCGGCCAGCGCACGGCGGGCGGGCUCCAGCGCGGGCGCCUCGCCUAGCAUGGCCGAGACCCUGACCUCCUUCCCCUUCCCCUUCCCCGCGCGGGCGCCCGACUCCCCCUCGGCCUCCAGGGAGCCGCCCGCCUCGCUCCAGCCCGCGCUCACCGCCUCUCACCCCAGGGUCUCGGGCGCGAGCCGCGCGGCGGAAGCGGCAGGGACGCCCCUCUCGCUGCCCAGCAGCCCCCGCACCGCCGGAGCUCAGCCCCUGCCCCCAGCCCCCGGCAGCAGCGGCUACGGCGUUGCGGGUCCCCCCGCGCACGCCGUGGCCUCCGCGCGGCGGUCCGCGGGCGCAGGCGGGGUCUGCGCGGCGCUGCCGUCGAUCCCCGGCGCCGCGGGCAGCCGCAGUGCCGCCGCGAGCCCACGGAACGCCCGCCAGCCUGGCCCCGGCGAGCGAGAGCCCGGCGCUUGGAUGCCUCCCGGGCCCGGCCCCAAGACUCUGUUCUUCACCCUGCCGGACAUCGGCGAGGAGUGGGCCUCGGACAGCGACUCGGAGGGCGGCGGAGAAGCGGACUUGGAGAGGAGGCCUCCGGUCCCUUUCUCUCGUGCAGAAUAUGCUCGAUGUGCAGCCUCACCGAGCACACUCGUUGGCAGCUACGAUUUUGAGACGCGAAGAGGACUGUCAGAAGGCUCCGGAAAGCAAAGUUUGUCUGUGAAAAACAAAGAUCCUUUACCUACACAUUUUACAAGCAAUGUGCAGAAAGCCAUUGCUACAUAUACCUGUGAAUCGGGGUCGUCAUUCCCAUCAAGCGGUAGCGCCACACCUGCAGGCGCUCACAGCUCUUGGUCAGGGUCUGGGACUCGGAGUUCUACCACUGGCUUAUCAACUGAGAGGAGCUCCAUUUACUCUUGGAGAGAUGAUGAGUUUGACAAAGCCAAUGCACAGAAAGUACAGCAGUUAUUCUGGGAGGUGGAGGAAAUGUUAUUUGAAGGGAAAGUAAGCCCUCAGACUCAGAAUCUCGUGGCUGAAUGCAGUGAGUGGGCAGGAAGAUCCCUCCAUCUGAGGGUAUUAGGAAGACAGCUCAUCGUGCCAACUGAUGAAGGGUUCCAACAUUUCCAGGGCAGCGAGCCUAGUGUCAUGGUCCACAAACCCUUCUCAGAUGCCUGUGGACACAACCACAACAGCAGAGAGUUGUGUGUCUCUGGUUCUCAAAUACUCCCUGCGGCGUACUCAGCCCUUGCCCUGCCAGGCCCUGAUGGCCCAGGGGUUGCUGACCUGAAGGCAGGGUCACCCCUGCAAGAAGAGGUUUAUGACGUAGAUGGAAAGAUUGAAGAAUAUUUUGCUUUUGACAGAAAAGAAGAUGACAAUGAACGUCUUGAGCAAAAAUCCCCUCACCACCACAGGAUGUGGUGGAAACAGGGACUUCCGCCCAUUUCUCCUCACGACUGUAUCAAAGAUGCGGUGGCCGCCGAAGUGUUUGAUCACGUCUGGAAAAGUGUGGUAGAGAUAUUGGAAGAGCUGAUUCGAAAAAAUUGGGAAGUUACACUCCCAGAAGGAACGAAACAGAAAGAAAAAUUGAAAGUAGCUGAGAAGAAAUCUCCACUGAUACUCAUGUCCCGUGUUAACACUGAUGCACCGAGUGUCCCCCCAGGCAGAAGCUCUGAAACCCGAAGCGUAUCCCUGGCUUCUCACCUCAAUCCACCUCAGAUUCAUCGCUUCUCCAACAAUUUUUAUAGUGAUUUGAGUGGUGUGAUGACAAUUCAAGCAAAGCCAUUGCAGCAGAGACCUAGAACACAGAAUGAGCAAGAGGACAGAUUGUUGGGUGCAGGGCCUGGUGCCCUUUCUUUGGUACGGCACCGCCUGGGCCGAACCUCUGAUGCUCGAGUGCUCCACACUUCUGAAAGGAAAACACCCGCCUACACGAGGCUGCCUUCUCUUACUGCAGACUCACAGAGGAUGAAAACCCCCAAUGUGUACAGUGAUGAAGUUCUUAGGGGAACAAAACUGCAAACUGGCAUGGAGCGAGUGUCCUCCCCACCGGUUUCCUCCUGGAGCAGGUUACCCCCAGUAGGUGCAGAGACCGGGGAGCAGAAUAUGGUGAUUCCUGGAUCUCGCCCUGUUUCUUACAGAGGGAGGCACCCACAAAACCGUGUGCUAAGUGCGAUACCUGACAGUUUAGAGCGAUUGCCUUUUCGGGAAAGAUCUCUGACGAUAGAACACUUUUCGAGACCCAGCACGACCCACGCAUUUCGGUUAGAUACUCCUCGAAAAGGUUCACUGACCCUGAUGGAGUUUGCUGGUCACAUGUGGACAGGUCAGAGUUUCUUCACAGGUUCACAAUAUCCACCUAAGUCUUUUCAGAGGACAACUCUGACUACAAGAAAGAGAUUCCAAGUGGCAUCUUGAUGGAACUUGAACUUCAAAGCCUCAGCAUACCAUUUAUCACUUGAAAAAUGGAAGAACAAGUAUUAUACUAUGUAUCUGUUUGUCUGACAGUGAAAUGUGAGCCUGUCUGAGAGAAACGCAAACAAAUAAACAACUUAAUUUAAACACUUGCUUUGCAAAGAGAAUACAAGUCAAAUUCACCAACCUUCUUUACUGGAAGCAUUCCAGUAAAGGUUCUUUAGGCUUUGCUCAGAA